UGAAUACAGCUUUGGUGACGAUUUUGUUUCCCCCCACUUUGUACUGCCUACCCAGCAUACCCCCAUCGUUUCCACUGGCUCGCUAGACGCCAGCGCUCCCAGGCCCACUUCCACUGCUGCGCCACGCCAUGUUCACCCCGGGCGGCGGCGCCGCCGCGUUGCCCGGCAACCCGCCCAGCCCGGCGGCGAGCCGCCGCACCAAUGGCUACGCCUACGAGAGCCGAGUGCUCAUCGCUCUGCUCCUCGCCUCCGCGCUGAUGUUCUUCUUGACGUACCAGCUCUUCGGCCCCGCCGCGGCCACCGCCGUCGUGGUCCUCUUCCUCGUCUUCGCUCUCGCCGCGCAUCGCGUCAGGAUCUCCCGCAGCUUCCCCUUCCUGCACCUCUCCACCCGCUCGCUCCCCGACGGCGAACCAGGGAUGGACGCGGUGGCGACCUCGGCGCUCCCGGCGGCGUUCCGGUACAAGCGGGAGGACGCCGCCGCGACGGGGUGGGCGCAGUGCGCGAUAUGCCUGGGCCUGGUGGCGAUCGGCGACGCCGUGCGGCGGCUGCCGACGUGCGGCCACCUGUUCCACGCCGCCUGCAUCGACCAGUGGCUGCGCGCGCACGCCACGUGCCCGAUGUGCCGCGCUGCCGUCGGCGCCGCCGUGCCGGAGUUGCCCGUCUAGCGGCGGCGGUGG